AUGGCGACCGACACUUCGAAGUAUAAGCUUAACCACACGAUGAUUCGGGUCAAGGACCCGAAGAAGUCCCUGGAAUUCUACAAAUACCUUGGCCUCAGCCAAAUCAACAACCUCGACUUCCCGGAGGCCAAGUUCUCCCUGUACUUCCUCGCCUACACGGGCCCCCAGUCCCUGCAGGGCGACCGACACUUCACGGACCGCAACGGGGUGCUGGAACUGACGCACAACCACGGCACUGAGACCGACCCGAACUACAGCGUGGUGAACGGCAACACGGAACCGCACCGCGGGUUCGGCCACAUCGCCGUGUCGGUCGACAACAUCGAGCUCGCGUGCAAGAGACUCGAAGAUGCCGGGUACCCGUUCCAGAAGAAGCUGACGGAGGGUCGCAUGCGGCACAUCGCCUUCGUCAAGGACCCCGAUGGAUACUGGGUUGAGAUCAUCCGCCGUCACCACCAGGAUGUCGGCAACACCACCGACCCCUCCACCUACCGGCUGAACCACACCAUGCUCCGUGUCAAGAACGCCGAGGCCAGUCUGAAGUACUACCAGGAGGUCUUCGGGAUGACUCUCGUGCGCACCGUCGAGAACAAGGACGCCGGCUUCAACCUCUACUUCCUCGGCUACCCCGCCGCCAACCCCGAGAUCCGCGAGGGCGCCACAAACCCCGUCUCCGAGUGGGAGGGCCUGCUCGAACUCACUUGGAACUACGGCACCGAGAACCAGGAGGGCCAGGUCUACCACAAUGGUAACACUGAGCCCCAGGGAUUCGGUCACAUUUGUGUCUCUGUCGACGACCUGAACGCGGCCUGCGAGCGAUUCGAGUCCCUGAACGUCACCUGGAAGAAGCGUCUCACCGACGGUCGCAUGAAGUACGUCGCGUUUAUCCUGGAUCCCGAUAACUACUGGAUCGAGGUUGUGCAGAACGAGGCCCUCAAACACACCGGCAACUUGUAA